CCCACAUGACAUAUGCGGAAGCAAAAUGGACGAGUGACUGGAGCUGCUGUCUCUUCAAUCCUCGAUCAUGAGCAAAAAGAAUCAGGUUUCGUAUGUGAAGCCGGCUGAACCCGCUUUCCUGAGUCGUUUCAAAGAGCGAAUCGGCUAUCGGGAGGGGCCCACUGUGGAUACCAAGAGAGAACAGCUUCCAGUUCCUGAAGAUGACAGUGGAAGUGACAAGGAAGAUGAACAACCACAAGUGAUUGUACUGAAAACAGGAGAUCUAACUGCAGAAGAAGUUGUGAAGAUCAAAAAGGAGAUCAAAGAGGUUUCUAAGGUCACAGAAACUGAUCCUGAAGAUGGAAAGAUUCUAUUCCGGAAACCUCCUAAGCGUUCAGCAGAAGAGAAGUAUCUUGGUUUGACAGUUACUUCAAGUAAGAAAAUUAAAGAGAUGAAGAAGAAUUCACCAAAUUUUAACAAUUCAGCUAAGCAAGUUAAAAAUAGUAGCUUGCUUUCUUUUGAUGCAGAAGAAAGUGAUGAUUAGGAACAAUCUGUACUUGCUGUAUACAUUUUUUCUUAAAGCAAAAUGCUAAAAGUACAGCAUAAAAGCAGAAACACAGGCUUUAAAUCUGAGGCCUUUGCACAUUUUUAUCCAUUAUAGCCAUUGUAGAGUGCAAGACAUUUUUACUUGGGACUAAGAAUGUAAAUAUUACUUCGGCAAAGCUUCCUGUUCUUUCUUGAAUUGCUGAAGACAUUUAUUAGGAUUAUGCUUCAAAGGGAAGAUCCUGACACAAUGCAGCCUUUGGUGGAAAAAUAUUUGGAAGUCCAGUAUACUUGUAACUAGAAGUGGCUUAUGUAUUGCUACAAAACAUGUAGCAGGAUUAACGAUGCAAGGCUUCAUCAAGGGGCUGAUCUGAACAGCUGUUUUUAGUAAAGAUGAUAUUCUACUACUACUACUAAAUGAUUGUAAAAUUAUUUUAUCUUUAUUUAUGGCCUAGCCCUAGUCUUCAGCAAAUAAAAAAAGUUUUCUCAAUGUA